AUGUCCAGCAGCGACUUCUUCGGCAGCAGCUUCGGCCUAGCCGAACGCUCGUUCACCGAUAGUCUUGCCGAGCGCACGGCAGUAGCCUGCCUCGUUGCGAUCGCCUGGUACAAUGCGCUGGAGCUCGUCGUCCUGUGCUUUGCCACUUUCAAACGAUAUGGCGGGUGCUACUUUUGGUGUCUGCUCAUCUCCUCCAUCAGCAUUAUCCCUUUCGGACUGGGAUACCUGCUUAUCAUCUUCAAUAUUUACGACAAUAUGUUUUCGGUGGUGAUGGAGCUCAUUGCGUGGGUGUGCAUGGUGACGGGGCAAUCGCUCGUCCUCUGGUCCCGAUUGCAUCUGGUCGUCCACAGCCCAACCGUCCUCCGCUGGACGCUCGCUAUGAUCAUCGUCGAUGCCAUCGUAUUCCACAUUCCAGCGUCCGUCCUCGAAGUCGGGAGCCACACGAACAAAUCCGCCCUUUUCACGGCCGGCUUCGAUAUCUUCGAACGCAUCCAAUUGGUGGCCUUCUCCAUUCAAGAAGCCAUCCUCUCUAUAAUAUACUCAUGGGAAGCAGUGCGACUGCUGAAUCUCCGGCCGAGGGCUCACUUCCGAUCCACCCUGGUUCAACUAUUGGUGGUCAACCUGGCCAUGAUCUGUAUGGACGCCGCGAUUAUCGGGGUACAGUACUCCGGUCUCUUCGACAUCCACGUCACGCUCAAAGCCUUCGCCUACAGUGUGAAACUGAAAUUGGAAUACGCGAUUUUGGGAAAGCUGGUCGAUGUUACGACGGAAAAGUUCGGAAGCACCAACUCUGCUCCUACAGACCUGUCGGAUUUCGUGGAUCUCUCCUAUAAUCCCAAUCAGCCACCGGCAGAUAGCGACAGUCAGGCGCGAAUCUGUGACACCCCAGAAAACAUAAUUCACCAACGCCCGCGCGGCUCGUCCAAGCAAUCCUCGGACGCACGAGUGAGCUUGAGUGACACCCCCGAUUCGAUCAAUGGGAUACUACGAUGA